CCAUUUCCAUUUUAACAACGACAAACUUUAAGAAGCUCUUCGGGAGUCCUGGGCUUGGCUGAAAGGUCCUGAUGAAAUUAUUGAGCAUACUAUUAGGCCGAUGGUAGGAGAAAACCUCUAUGGCAAUGACUCCCAUCCAUGUUAAGCCGUCAAGAUGUCUGCCGGUGAUGAUCAUAUUCUUACACUGUCUUGUCCGGACAAGCCUGGCAUUGUCCAUGCUAUCACCGGGCUACUUGCCAGUCAAGGAUUAAAUAUCCUAGAUCUCCAACAAUUCUCUGACAGAACUUCUCAAAAGUUCUUCAUGAGGGUGCACUUCGGACAUGCUGAGUCUACAGAGAGCCUCAAAGAGCCUAUUGAAAAGCUGUCAAAAGAACUGCAGCUAGACCAGUAUGACUUGAGGCCAGCUAGUCAAAAGCCGAGGGUGUUGAUCAUGGUCUCUAAAAUUGGACAUUGCCUAAAUGAUCUGCUAUUCAGGACCAAGACCAAUCAGCUCGGCAUUGAUAUCCCCUUGAUUGUGUCCAACCAUCCUGACUACCGCACUCUCGCCGAGAGCUACGGAAUCGAGUUCCACCAUCUACCGGUCACCAAGGACACGAAAUUGGAACAGGAGAAGCAGAUCCUGGACCUCAUCAAGAAGAACAACAUCGAGCUCGUGGUCCUGGCCCGGUACAUGCAGGUAUUAAGCCCGGGUCUCUGUGAAGCAAUGAGCGGCAAGAUCAUCAACAUCCACCACAGUUUCUUGCCAUCGUUCAAGGGCGCCAAGCCCUAUCACCAGGCCUUUGAACGGGGUGUCAAGAUCAUCGGUGCGACGGCGCACUUUGUUACGGCCGACUUGGACGAAGGCCCGAUCAUCGAGCAGAGGGUCGCACGUGUAGACCAUGCGAUGAGCCCGAAGGAGCUCGUCGAAGAAGGCAGUAACGUCGAGAGCCAGGUGCUGGCAGCGGCAGUCAAGUGGUGGAGUGAGAAAAGAGUCUUUCUCAACGGCCACAAGACAGUCGUGUUCAACUAAACGCGAAUCUCACAACCUUCCUCAAACACUACUAUUCUUCGUUAGCUUUUAUCGAGAUUUAUGUCCCCUUCAUCAGCCAAGUUGAAGGAGACAAUAUUGAGUAUGAAACACGCUGCAGGCUUCGGUUAUUCUUAGCGAAUAGGUCAGGAUAUGUUUGUCAAUUGGCGCACUUAUAGUAUAGGAUGGUCUAAAAAAUUAGGAGGUUGCGGAAAAUAUAACAGAGACAACUUGUCUCGUUGAGUGCAAGACCCGUAUCUCUCACGAGGCUAUCGUCUGAUAAAUAGCUUAUGUUCAUUCUUGAGUCG